AUGGUUCUCCUGAUCAUGCAAGGUAUCCGCGGGAUGGGAAAGCACCAGGACACUCUGUCCGAUGCCGACGUGACUGAGAUCAUGCAACUGAGCUUCUAUCUUUCCAACAUAUCUGGUGUUGCCGUAUUUGUCGUGCUAUGCGGCAUCUUCGCUUGGGUUACUAUUGCCCUCUACUGCAAGCCCCUGGCCGGGUACUGGGACAAGAGUCUCGAGCCCGAAUGCUAUGACAUCAAGCUUUUUAUCUCUUUUGGUCUAUUCUACACCUCAUCUUGCAUGUUCACAGACGUUUGCUUUGCUGUCCUGCCCAUCCCAGUCAUUUGGACAUUGCAGAUGAAGCGACGCACUCGAAUCUAUUUGAUUGGAAUUCUGAGCCUGGGAUACUGCGUCCAGUUCUGUCUCGCCAUCAUUGCGGCUUGCGCACCCUCUCUGAAACCGUUAUUGGGCCGCGCCCUGAAGAUUUCGUCGACCGAUAAAUACAAAGCGAACCUAUACGAAAACCGCUACCCCACAAACAGGCUCAACUCGACCAUGCGGCGUCGUGGAUACAUGGAGCAAACAAGCCAAGACUCCCCGGAGUUUGAGCUUCAAGAUAGAGCGUUAGUAGGGUCUGAUGACACGCAUCAAGCGAUGAUCAACGGCGGCCCAACUCGAACCGCGGGUAUUAUGUUCGGGAAGCCCAAGUCCGACCGAUCAACAAGUGAGGAGACAAUAUUGGGAGAAGCCAAUGCGAAGGGCAUCAUCUACACAACAGAGAUCACAGUCAGACGGUAG